AUGGCUGUUCUUUCCGUCGCCAGUGCAUUCCCCGCGGCGGAUUCAAAUGACGUUGAUCUUACGAACAUUUGCGGGGGUGGUGCUGACGCUGGCUGCUACAUCAAGCGUGCUGUGAUUAGGGAUUGUAGGAGUCCUACCGACAGCGGCUGCUAUAUCAAGCGUGGUUUGGGGGUCAGGGAUUGUAGGAGUCCCACCGAUAGCGGAUGCUACAUCAAGCGUGCUGUCGAGACAGAGGAUUCGAACAACGUUGAUCCUAUGAAUAUUUGUGGGGGUGGUGCCGACGCUGGCUGCUAUAUCAAACGCAAUUUCUAG